CUCCAGCAGCCGUGUGUUUCUGAAACCUUUGUUCAUGAACAAUAAAACAUUAAAAUGAAAUGCACCGCAAUCAUCACAAUCUGAGGUUUUUGGAGUAUGACAGAAGACACCACCACAAAACAACAGACAAUUAGUGUUUGGGUUCGCGACCCAAGAAUUCAGAAGAAUGACUUUUGGCAUGCCUACAUCGACUAUGAAAUCUGUCUCCAUACGAACAGUGUUUGCUUCACAAAGAAAACCUCCAGUGUGAGACGAAGAUACAGUGAGUUUGUAUGGCUCAGGCAAAAACUAGAAGCGAAUUCCCUGCUUAUGAUAAAGCUUCCAGAGUUGCCUCCCAAAAACCCUUUCUUCAGCCUGAAUAAUGCGCGUCAGAUCACAGAGAGGAUGACAGGGCUGCAGAGGUUUCUGGAACAGAUUCUUCAGAGCCCUCUGCUCCUGUCCGACAGCUGCCUGCACCUCUUCCUUCAGUCUCAGCUCAGCGUGAACAAAAUGGAGGCGUGUGCCGAAGGGAGGACGCCGUUCUCUGUGUCCCAGGCCGUGCAGCGCUGUGGCCUCAGACGUUUCCACUCAGACGAAGAUCUGCACAAAAACAUGAGCCUCAACUGGGAUUCAGACAGCUCUGAGUGCACUGAGACUGAACCAUCGCUGCUAAACAAAUCCCAGAGUGCAGCAUUAUUCCGGUAUCCAGAACUGGACCAGGAAGACUCUCGGAACUGCACAUGUGAAUCUGCAUGAACUUUCACCAGAUAACUGAGCUUUUGGGCUGUUACUCGUUACUGCACUUUUACCAUAAUCAGUCAAUCUUCAGUGUAAAAAGAAUAUAGCAAAUGUGUUUUAAUAAUGUUUGUUUAAUAAUGGUGCAUUUAUUGUUUAUACUGUCCCACAUCAGUGAAGGAACAUGGCUCUAAACUUAUAUCGAAAGCUUUUAUUAAUACUAGUGCUAGUAUUGGUUACAUCAAAAAGCCGCCAUAGCACACUAAACAUUAGGUAUAAUAGUUAGUCAUUACACCUAAUAAUUCAAAUGUGUUUUUAUAAAUUAUGAAUUGCAAAACCAAGGAAAAGUCUAAUAAAUGACAUGAACUCUAUUGCAGCAAUGCUGUAGUAGCAUGUUUCCUAAAGAUGGCA